CCUCCCUCCAUCUGGCAGUGUGCAGGAGAGAGAGGAGGGGACGGAGAGAGCGUGUGUGCGUGUAUCCACAGGGUUUCGAGGCAGAGGCAGAGGCAGCAUCCCUCCCUCAGACAGAGACUGUCGUCACGGAUGACAGGAGUUGUCUCUUCCACAGCAGCAUCACUGUAGAGACGGAACGCUAGGCAUCAUCAGCAGCCAGUGGUCGCUGCAGCGACAAGUGCAAACAAGGAGUUCCAGGACGGUAGAAGCCAAGGCUGCCUGCUCGUGCUGGGGGCUCAGUGAGGGGAACUGUGGCCAGUUUUUCAUCCACCUCCUCCUCCUCUGCUGCUUCACUUUCUCACUGAAGGACACCUCUGAAUGAACCUCCUGCUCACUGUGGGGUAGAGUGGGUGAACAUACAGUGAGUGAGAUACCAGAAAAGGCAUAAAAGACUGGAAUCAGUGGGUUUGAGCGAGUGGGAAAAGGAAAGAGUGAGAAGAGAGAAGUGGGAGUGGUAGGGAAAUAGUGUGCGCGCGUGUGUGUGUGUGUGUGUGUGUGUGUGUGUGUGUGUGAGACAGUGAGUUAGUGUCAGUGUGUUUUGGAAGGUGAUGACUGAUAUGGCAUGGAUGAUCCGAGCUCAGCCGAGCCUGAAACUGUGGUUCCGUCAGCUCUGUUCUUCAGGAGGGAGGAAAGGCAGACCUACACAUUGUUUCUACUACUGACCAGAAGAGAGGUGAUGUGUCAGAUUUUCUCGGCAGAGAAAAUUUUAUUGGCAGAAGCGGUUUGAAGGUUCAAGUUCGCCCCUUUUAUUCUCUUCUCUUCUCUUCCUCCCUAGAUCAAAAGACAUAGAAUUUAUCUCCUCUGGUCACUUUUGAAAAAUGCACAUCUCUAUUUUCAAAGGGAAGUGAUAACAAGACUGGAUUUCACACUCCAUCAGAGGGAACCUGAUUUUGAUCCGUUUGUUUCCAAGCAUUUAUGUGCUUAAGAAAUUGGAGAGAAAUGUUUUUCAAACCAAAGAUGUGCCAUUCCGUCUGAUGAUCCGUGAGAGAUUACAUACUUCAUUUCGUGAGGCGCAUUCAUCACUCCCUUCCUCAUAGAACACUUAUUAUCUAGAUCAGAUAAAAGUAAAGUUGGAAUAUCUCACUGUUCGGUGUCAACUUAUAAUAAGACGACAUCUCCAAGAUUAAAAAAAGAUUAACUUCAGUCCUGGUCAAAUAAGUACUGAAAGUAAGGCAAUGUUGGGAGUGUCCUUUUUUAACCUGCAUCGGAUUUUAUAAGAGUUGAGACUGGACCUUCUGGCAAUAUGAGAAUCUGUCUCUCUUAUGCAUAGUGUGAUGCAAAAAAAUGCAAAAAAGUGUUUCGCUUGUGAUGUGUUCCUUGGAUCUAACAACAUAACCAUCCUUCAAUGAUUCCACACCCUUCCAUUUCAAACACAUCUCUCCCCGGAGCCCUGAGAUGGAUCCCUGCAGUACACAGCAAGAGGAGGCUUGACCCCAGACCCAGCGAGGUCUCUCGGCUGGCCAGGCAUUUUUAAGAUGUUGAACCCUCCCUGUGCGGCCCGAGCCCCAGAUCGGAUCAGUAGCACUGCGGCUCCCGGUGGCCCCAGACAUGGAUCGUGGCUCGGCUUGCCCCUGCCCUCAGCGCCCCGCACUCCGGCCCAUGAGCAGCCUGUGAAGGAUGUCCCAGAGUGGAGCUCCGGCCCGGGAACCCUCUGAAACCCCCAGUCAGAGAGAAAAGAUCCGCAGCCACAUGAAGAUGGUGAUCAAGCAGUUGGAAGGAAUUCUAAAAGAGCUGAAAGAUGUGGCACAUGAACUGCGGGAGGUGGUGGGUCAGAUUGACAAACUCACAUCAGAUUUUGACUUUGACUUGGAGCCAGAUGAUUGGACGGUGGCAACAGCGAGCAGUACUUCGAGUAGUGAGCGUGGUCUGGGUGAGGCCUUCAGAUUGGACUUCCUCAGCCAGGACAUGCUCUCAGAUAGCUGGGAUUUUUGCAACUUCUUGGAGGCAUCCAACACAGCAAACCAGAAAGCACACAGGGAGGAGGUGGAUGACGGACAAGGGAGGUCUUCAUCGGCCACACCUACACCCGCCACUGCCAGCGUCUACUCGCAGAUGAACGGGGGUCUCCCAAUCCCUAACGGACCUUUAAUUAUCACCCCAGACUCCUCCAGCGAAGAAGCAUCCAGCUCAACACACAGUCAGAAGACCUCUCGCACAUCCGGGACAAGAGAGAGGGUCCGCUUUAGUGACAAGAUACUCUACCAUGCCUUGUGCUGUGACGAUGAUGAAGAUGAGGAAGAUGAUGGUGCAGAGGAGGAAGACAAAGGGGAUUGUGGCACCCCAGACACGGACAGUGAACCUAGCCCACUGGCUUGUUCACCCACGCCCUCUUUGUCCUCCUCUGACCACAUGCUUGCUCAUUAUAACUGUACAGAAACAGCCUCUGCGGGUCCCUCGCCCAUAAAGGUGCCGGUAGUAGGGUCUCACACGCUACCCAGGAAAGCUCUUCUUAACCCAGGCUGCCAAAAAAAACUGCUACGAAACAGCAGCACGCAAACAGUAUCAGACAAAAGCACUCAAACUGUACUGCCCUAUAUUCCCAUCAAACAGAAAACCAAGGACCUCUGAGAGAAUGCCUGACUUUAAAUGUCAAAAAAAUAAUAAAAGAAUGGACUAAGGAAUAUUGCAAAUAACUAUAUACUAUUUAAUAUUAAAUACAUAGAUCAUAGAUUAAAACAAAACAAUAAAUGAAUUACUAAAUAAAUUAUAUAUGUGAAACUUUCAAGACUUGCUAAAGUCAUUUUAUGACUUAUGCGUUUGGAGGAGUAUUUUUAUUGCACAUAUUUAAAAGAGUUGAGUUGAAUGAAACAGUUUUUUUUUGUGAGGUAUUGUAUGAAAUAUUGUUGCCCCUUCACUUGUGAGGUUUCUUUCCUAUUAAGACGUUCAGCUCUUUUAAGGGGUUAUUCAGUUUGACAUUUGUUUUAUUAAUACGGAGCUGUGCAUUCUACAACUUUCUAUUCCUCGUACUGUAGUUAGGAAAAGUUUUGAAUGCUGUUUUGUGUGCAGAUGACAAGACCUAUACACUUUUGUCUAUGUAUGACCAGCUGCAAGAAGAACACUGUGUGACUUGCCUUUGAUUUUUUUAUAAAGUAUUUGAGGAUCCUACCCCUAGUACAAAAUGUUUGGUUUGGGGGAAUGGGAUGAAGGGAUAAAAAAAACUGAAUUUUUUUGAAGUGCCUGCAUUCCACUCUGACAUUUACACUCCUUCUUUUACCUCUCUCCUCUCUACGGGGGAAAGCAAGGUCGUUGGGGGUGAUGACUUGAAUCUCAGCGCACAAAGCCGUGAUGCAAAAGGUUAUGUCUCCCCAUUCUUGAGCCCAGUGGGGAUUGUGCACUCAAUAGCGCUGUGUUUUAUUCAAAGGGAUGUUGCCAAUAGCACAGCUGAUCGAUCCGAUGGGUUGAAGG